GCCAUCUACAUUUCAUAAUUGGGUAGUGUCGUUUCGGUCGCUUUUUGGAGCUCAUGACUGGCAAAAAUUGAGAUUGAGACCAAAAAAAUAAUCGUUUUAUUUGUAUAUUUAAAGACUAUUUGUUGAAUUAUUUUGUGCCAAAAUAAAAGGAGGCCAACAUCAUGCAGGGAAUGCACGAGACCGUCCCGAGUUAUCAUCCGGUGGAACAACAGAGAUUCAAUCCAUACACAUUCAAUGGAGGAACCAUCAUGGCUAUGGCUGGUGAUGACUAUGCAAUCAUUGCUUCAGAUACAAGGCUCAGUGAAGGUUUCUCAAUACACACCAGGGAUAGUCCAAAGACCUAUCAAUUAACUGAUGGUACUGUUUUAGGAUGUGCUGGUUUCCAUGGUGAUGUUCUAACAUUGACAAAAGUUCUUAGUGCAAGACUGAAGAUGUACGAGCAUGAGCACCAUAAGAAGAUGUCUACCACAGCAAUAGCAGCAAUGCUUUCAACGAUACUGUACUAUCGGCGAUUCUUUCCUUAUUACGCCUACAACAUUCUAGCCGGGCUUGAUGAGCAAGGUAAAGGUUGUGUUUAUAGUUUUGACCCUGUAGGUUCAUAUGAACGAGAGACGUACAGGGCUGCAGGUUCAUCUAGCGCCCUCUUACAGCCGCUUCUGGACAACCAGAUCGGUGGCAAGAACCAGGAAGGCUGGGUGAAGGAGCCGAUUCCGUUGGAGAAGGCCGUCGCACUAGUCAAAGACGUCUUCAUCUCGGCAGCAGAGCGCGACAUCUACACCGGCGACGGGAUCGUACUUCACGUUCUUACGAAAGACGGCUGCAAGGAGGAGAGGUUCCCUCUAAGACGGGAUUGAUCCCUUUUCCUUCCUCUUUGUAAUUACAUGUAUCUUGUUUGUACAGUGUAAAUUUCUCAGCAUACUUUUGUUUUGACUCGUACAGAAUUUAGAAAAUGUCACAUGAUGGGGGGGGGGGGGGGAUGAUCAGAGAGAGAUCAGAAUUUUAAAGUAUGGGUAUGCCUGUGAUUUAAUUCCCAAUAUUUGAAUAACUUUUGUCAAUUUGGUAUUCAUGGCAAGUUGUGCAUGAAAUAUGAUUUUAUAGAAAAUGCUCACCCUUAAGAAUCAGAUUAUGGGAACGGGAGGAGGAGCUAUACAGGCUGGCCCCGAGAUCCAUAUCACCUGUCGCCCUCAAUGAUUUCCAAUGCUUAACUACAGUAGAACUUGGCAGACCCUGUACAAUGUAUAUGGGGUUUUGCAAAAUCAUUGUUAUUAAGAAAGAGCCAUGGUAUUGUUUUAUCUAUCCUAAAAAUAAUAGGACCUAGUCCUAGCAAUCGUGACAUCAAUGUUAACUUGUAUAGGCCUACUGGUAAACAUGUUGGUGAUUUGUAUUAUUGAUUUUGGAAAUAUCUUCACAAAGGCUCCACACUAACUUUUUUUCUUGGUGGCCCGAUUAGUCCACCAAAAUCAUUAAUUUCAUAUUUUUGGUGGCCCGCAAAGCAAAUUUGGUUGCCCUAUAGCCAAAGAAAGCAUUACAAUUAAUAAAGACUUUGGUAGCCCAAUCAGGCCACCAAGUGUGGGUUUUUACAGAAUUUUGGUGGCCAGACUCUCAUUUUUGGUUGCCCGGGCCACUGCUGAUGUCGAGCCCUGUCUUCACUUUGUAAUGCCAUCUGAAAUGUGUGCAAAUAGGUCACUUAGUACAUUGUACCUUGGCAUUUUUCUAGUUCUGCAAUCUUCUUUCUUUAUAUUUGCGUAAGGUUUUGGUAAAUGAAAUACCCUACAAUGACUUUUCAGUUAAUUAUUUAAAGGCAUUCAUAGCCUUGUCCAGGAUUCAAAGUCAAAAUGUGAUUCAGCCAUUAAUUCAGUUAUGAUUUUAAUCCUUCAGGGCCCUGUCUUACAAAGAGUUGAAUUGAUCUGAUCAACCACAACUAUGGCAAGCCGGUAACGUCAGCAUCUGAAAUGCAUGUUUAUUCAAAUGUUUUCUACAUUGAUGGUGUUUACUCAUACGUUCUUCUUCUAGUCUGGUACAGUCCACCAAUGACGUAUUAUCGUAUUACCUUUUACCACUGGCGUUUUUAUCAUUGUUUACACAUUACAUUGUGCAAAUAUCCUGUAGGAAUGUUAUGACAUUGAUAAUAAUAAUGUUAAUAAUGGACAGUUUUUGUAUAGCGCAUAACACAUCACAAAUAAGUCUCUAUGCGCUUGAGAAAAUAAAGGAGAGGAAGAGAAGUGUUGGUGUGUUCAUUUUGUUGAGGCUACGUACAAUUUCAAUAAGUAUGUUUUAAGAGCUGUUUUGAAUUUGUUGAUGGAAUCGAUUGUUUCCAGGGAAUUUGGAGUUUGUUCCACAAAACAGGGGCUGCAUGGAUUUCCAUGGCAUUGAUGUUGAUUGGAUCAAUCGCAACUCUUUGUAAGACAGGGCCCAGGUCAGACGGGAUUGGCCAGAGCUUAAAUACAGGACAUCAGGGUCCCGUAACACAAAGGUUAGCGAUUAAUCGUACUCUUGAUUUUCACGAUCGAUUGUACAUUGUAGUAAAUGGAAUCGAUCGCAGAAAAAUAUUCUACGAUCAUUGCAAAAAGCUUUGUGUUACUGGACCCAGGUUAUCUGUGGUUCCACCAUUCUUUCCCAACAGGCAUGGAGAUGCAGUAUACGUCUCAAUUCUUCAUUGCGAAUUUACCUACUUUUAAUAAAUGUUCAUCAACAUCAGUUUAUUUUAGAUUGAAUACUGAUGUUUUUAAACAUAAUUGAGAAAACCACCUGGAUGGCCAUAUUCUACUCAUUAGGUAAAUUUUGGCAUAACUGAAUGAAAAGCUUUAUGAAACGACCCCCCUUGGAGUCAUUUCACAAAGAGUUGAAUGUGACUAAGAGUCGCCCUUAAAUUUCAGUUGCACGCAGUUUAUGACGCAUCACCGCAUUUGUCAGAUCAUGCGCACAUCCGUGCAUCCAUGUUAAAUAACAUGUGCAUGUUGCCAUUAACGGUUUAAGGAUGACUCUUCACACUCAACUAUUUGUAAAACACCCCCCUGAACUAGUGAUCCAUGUUAACCAGUCGAAGGAUGGAGACAGGACAUGACAUUUCCUAAUAACAUUCUAGAUUAUUUAAUGAUAAUCGUUGUAUGCACGGACAGAAUAAUAAAGAGAAUAAGUGUGAAGACAAA